AUGAUUCUGUAUCAGCCAGAAUUCUGUAAUUCUACUCAUGGUCCAUGGAGAUCAUUUGAGGGGUUCCGGAAAGCCCUUGAUACAGAUGGCGCCAGUGAUGUUAGAUGGCGCGUUUGGUCAAAUCGGUCAAAUCUCAAAAAGCCGUUGAUUUCUGGUGCUCGUGGUGUUCGUUAUCUCGAAGGAAUUUGCAUGAAAUUCAGCCGGGUGCUCCACAUUUUUCUCAUGUGCAAUUUCCUCCUCAAAAUGGAAUUUCCCUGUAUAUCGCGCCAGUGUUUGAUACAAGUUGAUGCUCAGAAAAGUGAGCAUGUGAUCGUAUUCAGAGAUUCCGGCAAGCUAUUCCCUGGCACCCAGAGACCCCUGGUCUGUUCAGCCAAUCCCACGGCCAAGCUGAGGCAUCGAAGGACACCCCAAAUGCCCCAGAGUGACGUGAAGAGUGUCACAGUGUCCGGAAAUCGACAGAUUCUGCCCAUGUUGCUUAUUUGUUAUCUCGACCGGAAAAAUUCCCUCAUGUAGCAUCGAGGGAGGCCUUGAUUGCUGGAUGGAGGGGCCAAGGUUGUGAGCC